AUGGGAAACAAAUCCAGCAGAAUACCAGAGGUUUCCAAGGAAGUGCAUAUUUUGAUGGUGGGUCUUGAUUCUGCAGGGAAAACUACAAUCCUAUACAAGUUAAACCUUGAUGAAGUUGUUCAGACCAUUCCCACAGUGGGGUUCAAUGUGGAGACAGUGAAGCACAAGAAUAUUACCUUCGUUGUGUGUGAUGUUGGGGGCCAGGAAAAGAUCAGGCCCCUCUGGAAGGAAUACAUUGGGCAUUCCAAGGGCGUUAUUUUUGUUGUAGACAGUGAUGACAGGGAGCGUAUUAGUGAGGCAAAAGAUGUGUUGCACAAUUUGCUGAAAGAGAAAGAGCUGAGAGAUGCUGCUGUUGUUGUGUUUGCAAACAAGAAUGAUUUUCCCAAUGCAAUGAGUGUUUUAGAGAUCACAGAGGAGCUUGAAAUGUCUUCUUUAACUCAACGCCAUUGGCAUGUUCAGAGCUCCUGUGCUACUUCUGGUGAUGGUCUCUAUGAAGGCUUGGAUUGGCUUUCUAAUAAUGUGUAG